CAAGUACACAGGGUCACACACACGAGAUGACCACCGCCCUCACAGACUACCUCACAAGACUAUCCGACUCGAUCACCCAACAAAAACCAUCCCGUCUCUCCAAACUCUUCAACCAGACCUCGGACCCCAUCCAACAUGUCCUCCGGGCCUUGCACUCGGAGACCAGAGGAAAGGUAGAGAAGAAUUACUUGGCGAACGUGAUCCAUAGGAGAGGGACGGCGUUGGGAUUGGAGGAUGAGUGGAAGACGAUCGUUCUAGAGAGGGUAUGGGCCGGGUGGAUGGAAGAGAACGAGAGUUGGAUCGAAGCCUACGAAUCCCAAAAACUAUGCAUAAACACCUACAUCCGAUACAUAUCCAACAACCCCUCGACCUGUACAUCCUGGGUCCUCCCCCCGCUUUAUACGCUCUUACGGGACCUGCAAACUCUGUCUUCGAACGCUUCUUCGGAACACUUUCGAAGGGAAGCGACGUCCAAUAACAAUAACAACAAUAACGCUCUAACAACAACAAGCGGGGGAGACAUUGGGUUGUACGAAGAAUCCACAGCCCGGAUCAUCCAAUCCGCCUUCAAACUCUGCGUCAGCGACCGUUCCAACCCCCCUACCCUCUCCCUCCGAAAAGGGGUCUACAAGACCGCGUCUUGCUUGAUGGGGUGGUACUUCAAGAUCGACCGUACGAACCUCUCCAAACAGCUCGUCAGGGCCGUCAACUCUGAUCCGACACUACCGAAGUUGGAGAGUUAUAAGAUGGCGGAUAGGGUUACGUGGAGUUAUUACUUGGGGUUAUUGGCGUUCAGGGCCGGGGAGGAUGAGGUUGCGGGGGGGCAUUUGGGGUGGGCUUUCGAGAGGUGUUUGGCGGGGAGUCGGAGGAAUCAAGAGCUCAUCCUUAAACACCUCAUCCCAGCCCGACUCCGCCUAGGCCUCUUCCCCUCCCCACACCUCUUGGCACAAUACCCCAAGAUCGAACGACUCUAUGGGAAAUUCAUAGCCGCCAUCCGGGUGGGGGACGUCAAGGCGUACGAUCGGGCGUUGGAAAGGCUUCAGAGCGGGGAGAUUGCCGAAGAGGCCUCCACUGUGGAGGCUGAUGCUGAUGCUGGUGCAGGUGGGAUGGGGAUGGACCAGGAAAUGGACGUCGAGGUGGAUGGCAUGGGGGUGGAUGUGGGAGUCUGGAUGGCGCUAGAGAGGGGGAGGGAGGUCUGUCUAAGAGGGUUGAUGCGGGGCGUGUGGAUCGCGUGCGACAAGGAAUCGAGGAUCCCGAUCUCGGCGUUCAAGUUGGCUCUCCGGCAUCAGGGGAUAGAGGUCGACGAGGACGAGGCGGAAUGUCUCGUCGCGGGCAUGAUCUGGAAGGGCUAUAUGAAGGGUUACAUCUCGCAUGAGAAGAGGACGGUCGUCUUGGCCAAAUCGGGACCGUUCCCAGCGCUCAGUAAACGUGUGAAACCGACAGGCGGGUAAGAAGCGAGCAGCAGAAGCGUAUUAUAAUUACGGUCUUUGUACAAGAGAGAAUUCUAGUCCAUGUUGACGGGUACAGCCCACGAUCGCCAUCAUUGAUGACACGCGCUA